GAGAAAUUACGUUGCAUGUCCCAGAGCUAGUCAAUGUGAUUCACAACAGGACGAUCGACCGGUCAGUUUGUGUCCCGCCGUCAAUCAGUCGAGUCGCUCGGUACGGUUCUUAUCUCCGCGCGCUGAGUUCAGAAGUCAAAAAGUUGAAAGUACUGUUUCUUGUAAACAUCAGCAUCAUCACCAUGAUUAAAUCACUAUCAGUGUCAAUGGUCGGCAUCCUGAUCGGUGUUUUGGCUCUGAUCGGCAGUGGUCGAGUAGUGAUGGGAGCAGAGUUCGAGAACUGUGGUGAUGCCAACACAAUCGGUAACUACAGUGCGGUGGAGGUUUCGAACUGUGGCGAGGACGACGCGGCCUGUGUACUGAAAAGAAAUACGAACGCCACCAUUUCGAUAACAUUCAACAGCGAUGAGGACCUCACUGAACUGAAGGCGGUAGUGCACGGCAUCAUUCUCGGAAUGGAAAUACCGUUCAAGCUACCGAACGACAACGGAUGUGUGGACAGUGGCAUCGAAUGUCCCCUCUCGAAGGACACUGACUACAAGUACACCACGACGCUGCCGGUGGUGAAGCAAUAUCCGAAGGUCGCAGUGGAAGUGAAGUGGGAGCUAAAAUCCGGCGAUAAAGACGUGGUGUGUGUGAAAAUCCCCGCAAAGAUCCAGUAAUGAAUUCGUCAGUCGUCAGCUGAUUCAUGAUAGAGGUAAACCACAAACUGGAACCGAUUCAUGCGCGCGAACGGAGACAAACAAGGAAGACUCGAUAGUGAACUAAAUUAGAUUAAGUAUCUUCAUCAACUAACGAGAAAUGAACGGAUCACUUACACACACACACCCCCCAUCUACCUUACACUUCACGAUCCACUCGUCGUGCCAUUUAGUAUUUCAAUAAGUAACUUAAGUCAUCUCUUUGUAUGAUCUUAGAGUAAACGAUUCAUAGGAGGGGAAGCGAAAUAAAACACCGAUGUCGCUCGUCUCGAGUGUGCGCGACUUGCGGCUGGAAACCUUUUGUACAAUUAAAAA